GUCUCCCCUCCUGCCACGUUGGGAUACCCCUACAUACCUCGCCACGGGUCUUUGCCCCUAGAUCACCAAUCGUGCACCUCAGAGACCUUCCUCGAAACGUUCCAUAGCGUCAGCUGGCAUUAUGAUGUCAUAUCUUGGAGUAGGGAUAACGUCCGAGUACCGAGUUCAGCAUCGUGCGUGGUAUAAAAUGCGGUGUUCAAGAUACCCCUGGUGGUUGUCCAUGUCAGUCAUCUUGCGCAAUCGCAUGCAGCCAAUAUCCCGUUGAAGCAGUCAAACCGUUUCCACCAUGAUUCUCGCUUUAUAUCCCGAGCCCGCGAAUAAUAGUACGCUCGUGGAGCCUUGUCCGCAUCUGACAUAUCUCCGCCACUGUCUUAACCUGGCCAAGCUGUCACCGCCGCGCCCCGCCCUCUUCCGGGCCGGAGCAGUCCUGAUUUCGCGAAAACUCGUCCGGGGAACCGACAACGAGCUGUACAACGACGACCGGCUUCUAUCAUCAGGAUAUACCAUGGAGCUGGUGAAGAGACCCCAUGCGGAGCAGGCCUGUCUUUCCAACUACGCUGCCGUCCAUGGAGUCCCAGACGAUGAGGUCGGGGAUGUCCUACCCUCUGAGCCUGAUCGCUCCCUGAUCAUGUACAUGAGUUUUGAGCCUUGCGUGGAGCAUGAGGAAAGUGACAUGUCCUGCGUGCAGAAAAUUAUCGAAACAAGAAAGGAGGGGCGAAAAGGCAUCGAGAAGGUUUAUUUCGGCUCGCUGUCGCCGUGCUCGAUAAGCAAUAAGUCAUCGGCACGUCAGAUGCUCGGAGAGGCCGGCAUUGAGUGGCAACUGGUCGAGGGUCUGGAGCAAGAGAUACUUUCGGUUGCAAAGGAAGGACGUGUGAAUCAUGGAAAGAUUUGAAUU